AUGACUGACAACGUUGUUCGGCGUGAGAUCCAAAGACGUGACGAUCCUUUUGGCAUUCCAGCCUGCUUCUAUUGGACCAUCGAUGAAGUCGCCGAUUGGGUUGAGAGCAUUGGUUAUGGAAAAUACAAGGAAAAUUUCCGAUCCCACUUUAUAAAUGGCAGGAAGCUGUUAACUGUUGACGCAUGCGUGCUUCCCAAGAUGGGGAUCACACAUUUUGGAGAUAUUCUGGAGCUGGCGAAGUUCAUCAGAGAUCAGCUGCGAGUUAGAAACGAUGUGAGAGACUUCGACGUGUAUGAACUCAGGCAGAACUCCAUCUCGCGCAACCAUCCGUGCGGCAAACUCCGUCCCAACUUCAGUUACCAGAAACACAUGCACGAAGUCGAGCAGAUUAUCAACGCCCGGCUGACCUUUUUCCGCAAAAGAAGCAUCUAUUACAGUGGUUGGUCCAUGGCUGACUGGUGGGAUGAGAAACUCCGAGCAGAAGAAAACGAAAUGAAAGAGAAGCAAAAACGACUGGGUGAAGACGAAGACAAACGAAUGAUUAUAGGCAACACACAACAGGAGCGUCUACGUCAGGCGGCUAUGAGAGAAAUCUCCUUCAGGGAGAUCAUCCCAGAGUGGAACCAGAAGUUACCCAUCAAGCGAGUCAAAUGUCCCAAAGAUUUGCCAGGUUUGGCCGAGAGCUGUCUCAGUGAACGCAAUAUUGGACACCUCAACAUGACCCCAGCCAAAUUUAAGUGCCCAGCUUCUGUCGCCGCUCCACGGCCCAUGACCAGAAGGCAUAAGCCCAUCGAGCGGUCCAGGCCAUAUCUACCCAUAAUCCUUCACUGGAAGAAGAUGGACAAGACGACCGGUUAUCCUCAGAUCAAAGUCAGCGCUGGUAUGUUCAAGUGCGGCUAUUACACGGGCUGA